UCCAUCCAACCUUUAUUCAAGAGAAAAUCCAACCCGAGCUUCACGUGGAGGAUAUGCAUGUUUUAUAUCAACAUGUAACUUUUCUUGAAUAGUGGAAAAAUAUGGAGCUACAGUUGGAAAACCAAAGCCAGCCUUUCAACAGCAACACCGUGAGGCUGCCAGGUAAACCUGUACUGGGGAUGGGGGUAGAUAACUUUAUUUCUCUUCUGAUAUUUGGACUUAUUUUCAUCCUCGGGGUGCUUGGGAACACCAUGGUGAUCACGGUGCUGGCACGCAGUAAACCGGGACAACCGAGGAGCACAACUAACAUCUUCAUCCUCAACCUGAGCGUGGCGGACCUGUCCUACCUCCUCUUCUGCGUCCCCUUCCAGUCCACCAUCUACAUGCUGCCCACAUGGGUGCUGGGAGCUUUCAUCUGCAAGUUCAUCCACUAUUUCUUCACCGUGUCCAUGCUGGUCAGUAUUUUCACUCUGUCGGCGAUGUCCGUGGACCGUUACGUGGCCAUCGUCCACGCCAGGAAAUCCUCGUCGAUCCGGGUGGGGAGGCACGCUAUGUUCGGAGUGGUGCUGAUCUGGAUCCUGUCUCUGGCCAUGGCAGCUCCCGUUGCGCACUACCAGGGCAUCGUGGUGAGGGAGGACAACAACACCUUCUGCUGGGAGGUUUGGCCGGAUCACCAGAGGAAAGUCUACGUGAUGUGCACUUUUGUUUUUGGAUACCUCCUGCCUCUCACUUUGAUAUCUGUCUGUUACGCAAAGGUUUUAAACCAUCUGCACAAAAAGCUGAAGAAUGUGUCCAAAAAAUCAGAGCUCUCCAAAAAGAAGACUGCCCAGACAGUCCUGGUGGUGGUCGUGGUCUUCUGCCUGUCUUGGUUGCCUCACCACAUCGUUCACCUGUGGGUGGAGUUUGGCUCUUUCCCCCUGAACCAGGCCUCCUUCCUGUUCAGGAUGGUGGCUCACUGCUUGGCCUACAGCAACUCCUCUGUCAACCCCAUCAUCUACGCUUUCCUGUCGGAGAACUUCAGGAACUCCUACAAGCAGGUUUUCUGGUGCCGGCUGCCCAGCAAGUGUCCCGUGAAAGACACCAGGGAGCUCCGCAGCAGGAUGGAGACGGCACCGUCCACUAACAUCAGUGUGACUUACAAAGGUCAUGACUCUCAGAUCAGCAAAAUGCUCUGAUGUCUGGUGUUGAGAGCAUCUUCUGUUUUCUGUAUAAAGAUCCUGGAUUUUUAAAUCCAAUACAUAUUGAUAUUUGAGAUGGAAAAACCCCAUAUUACUGAUAUAGAUUUCUUUUUAACAUACUGUAACAGCUGUGUUAAUUGGGCUGAAUCACUGGCACGGAGCUCUAUCAAACUCAGUAACAUUACUCAUUAGUGUCAGCACAUUUUAAACACAUACGCAUGUACAUACACAUUUUAUAAAUACAGUACUCCUGAUGUAGUUAUUGUAAGUGUCUGGGAAGUUGAUCUCAUCGGAUAUUCCUUAAUGGUUUUCAGUAGUCUUUUGUCCUAUUUCUUGCUAAUAUAUCUUCCACAGUCAAACAUGCAGAUGCAUACUUAAAAACUACCGUACAUGUUGGAUUUUCCCCAUUUCUGCUAAUGGGAACUUCUGAUUUAGUGUCUGUACUCUUAAACUUAACAUCACUGUAAAAUGUUUUCACAUUUUUGUCUUUUUAUUAUAAGCAAACAAAUGCAUUCAAGUCAGCCCACACAAACAAGUGUAUAAUAUUUUUUUUGUGAGUGAAUGAAUUAUACAAAGAGAUUAAUAAAUAAUAAUAAUAAUAAUACAAACAAAUCAAUUAUUUACUCAUAUUCAAAACAAAAAUGCUCAUACUGUACAUGCAUUAGCACAGCUGUAAUCCGUGACAUGCUACAGUUUGUUUGGAUUUAAUCAGUUUUACCAGAGCUGGUUUACCUGGCUCUCUGAUCUGUACAGAUUACAGUUUCCUGUUUAUCCCCAAGGCUGAAUUUGAUUAAGAUGACUUUUGCAAACAGGUAAUGUUGCAUGUUCCUCUCCACCCCCUGCAGCCAUUAUAUGUACAUACAGCAGCCCAGCCUUUCAUACUGCCUCGGAAAAGAGAGAAAAUGGAUUUGCAUUUGAAAAACAGGGUUUUAUGCAAAGCAGGAGAGGAUUUCAUGUAUGGAAAUGAGAUUUACUGUAAAGAAACAGUGCACACUUAGAGGUGUUUCUUAAAUGCAGGUACACUACUACAUUGGUAGUCAGGUUGCUUAAAACAUACGAGUUUUCAUUUUAAUAUCCUGUAUUGCAUGGUCUGAUUGCAUAAGACACCCUGCUGUUAGUCAAAGCCAAAACGCUCAAAAUGACUUGUAAAAACUUUUCUUCUUACUGCGGAGAAGCUGUCAGGUCUUUGGCAGCAGAAAUAUGACAGAAUAAUAUAUUUUUUGGAUUUUGGAUGUGUUGUUUUCUUGUUUUUGUGUGCGUUUUCUUUUCAAUACAUGUAAAUAAAGAUAUUAAACGUC